UGUGGUUAAAGACGGUUAAAGAGGAGACGAUGGGGUUGUGAUGCCGUUCACGACAAAGCGAAUGCGUUUACGACAGUACCGUAUGUGUGCGUCCGGUGUCGUAUUAUUUGCAAACUCACCAUGGCGUUGAGGGAAACCGCUGGUCUCUAUGAAACUCUCAAGACGGAAUGGAACAAAAAGAACCCGAACCUGAACAAAUGUGGCGAGCUUCUGGGAAAACUUAAGAUUUCACUUCUGGAGCUGAACUUUUUACCUACAAGUGGUUCAUCCCUCACCAAGCAGCAGCUUAUUUUAGCUCGUGAUGUUCUUGAAAUUGGAGCCCUGUGGAGUAUCCUCAAGAAAGACAUCCCAUCAUUUGAGAGAUACAUGGCCCAGCUAAAAUGCUACUACUUCGACUACAAAGAUGAGCUGCCCGAGGCAGCCUACAUGCACCAGAUCCUCGGGCUGAACUUGCUGUUCCUGCUGUCACAGAACCGUGUGUCUGAGUUCCACACAGAAUUGGAACGACUGAGCGCACGAGACAUUCAGACCAAUGUCUACAUCCGACACCCAGUGUCCUUAGAGCAGUACCUGAUGGAGGGAAGCUACAACAAAGUUUUUCUCGCUAAAGGCAACAUCCCAGCCGAGAGCUACACCUUUUUUAUAGACAUUUUACUUGACACUAUACGUGAUGAGAUCGCAGGCUGCAUAGAGAAGGCGUACGAGCAGAUCCAGUUCAAUGAAGCCACGCGAGUGCUUUUCUUCUCCUCCCCUAAAAAGAUGACAGAGUAUGCUAAGAAGAGAUGCUGGAGUCUGAGUCAAGACGGUUACUACUCGUUCAGCAGUCAGCAGCAGCGUACGGAAGAGGUCAACAUUCCCUCCACAGAGCUGGCUCAGCAGGUCAUCGAGUACGCCCGGCAGCUGGAGAUGAUCGUGUGAUCCACUCGCUCACAUCUGCUGUCAAUACUGUGUGAUCCAUUUUUGGGCUGUGUCUUUGUGAGCUGAGAAACGCCAAGGACAACAUGAGUAGUAAAGUAACUUUUUGGAACCAUGAUUUUCAUCACCACACAGUGACCCAUCACCCCCUGCAUUCAUAGACCUGACCUUUGACUUGCAUUUAUAUAUGAUGUCUUUCUCACUCCCACAAUUCAAGUGUUCAUUUCUGCGGGCAAAUAUUGAAUAAAAAAUUGGACUCAA